AUGUCAUUGAGCAGUCCCGAAAUAACAUGCGCAAAUUCACUUACAUUAACGGUUUCCGAUCAGAAUUAUUUCCGCUACUUCCCAUCCUCGUCGGUUGUGUUUUACUACAUGAAGCCGUGGGAGUGGAGCAGUUUCGGCUUCCUCUAUCAAGGUCCGGCUGCUACCAACAAGCUAAUCAUGCGAAUGAUUUUGGCAAUCGCCGCCAGUGAUAUGCAUCGACGAGGGCUAGUACCCAAUUCCACGGGGAAAGACGCUUCCAAAAACCCUGGCCGGUAUCACUACGAGGCUGCGGUACAGGAAUUUCGACAAUACCUCGAAGAGCACGCGGCCACUGGAGGGAUGCAAGGGGAUUUGGUUGCGGAGUCAGAGUGUGAAAUAAUAUUCUGCAUCAUGUUCUUGAUGAUCAUGUACGAAUGGUAUUAUGGUCACUCUGUCAAGGACCUCCAGCUGCAUUUACAAGGGGUGAGAUGUCUUCUCAAGGCACAUCCAAAGAUGUUCACUAUGAAAGGAAUGGCCGAUGCUAUCUUAUCGACCGGAUCUAUUCCAAAGAAGGGACUUUCAUUUAUGCCUGCCCAGCUUUUGCUUUGGGUCCUCUACAUGGAAAUCAGUGGUCACCCCAGAGGCCUAACUGGGUCUCUUUACGAUGCAUUACUUGAUUCUGGAAACCCUGCACUGCAUCCCGAUUAUCUCCAUCAAUGCGCACGGAUCUGGGGUCGAUGUCUUUGGGGUGAGGAAUACCCGGAAACUCAGAUUCUAGACGACAUGGAGAAUCAUCGGGCGUUAGAGCUUUUGCAUCAAGCCUUUAUAAUGAAAAACAAGAUUUGGCAGCUGGCACUGGGAAAGAGUCCUCGCUCCGCGGGAAUAACCGCAGAAGGCUUGUACUCGGAGAUGAUAACAAUUCGAGAGAGAUAUAGCGAUAUGUUCAUUACGGCCAAGUUAGCAAGUUCUCUUUCUUCGCGUCGCGUGCUAUACACAAUUUAUUUUGCUGUGUGUGCCUUGGAAACGCAAUUACUUUAUCAUCAAAGAAUACUUUAUCCAACAUCCAGAGCACGGAGUAUGAUCCACCGUCAGGCAGUUGCGAACCUACUCGAAAUUCUUUAUCAGCAGUACUCUGUGGAUCCAAAGUUGUUGCAACGAAUACCAUAUUCAAUUUUUCUGGUGAUGAUUGAGACCGAGGAUCCUAUCCAUCGCGACUGGGCUGCAGCGAGACUGCGGGAACUGAGAAACCUGGACGAGGGUUACUCUUUUAUCAAUAGCCUCGCAGAUGACUUUAUUUACAGACAACAGAUGUUUCCGGGAGAAAUGGUGGAUUUAUUUGACAUUUUGCAGACGCGAUAUGAAACAUGUAAUAGUAGAUAA